GAAUUACCUAUCAAUGAAGCUAGUGAAAGAUUGAAUAUUACCUUUGAGCCAUCAAAGGCUUCCAAUGGGCACGCCUUCGUGAAUGGGAUUGAGAUUGUGUCAAUGCCUCGUAUAUAGUAGUGGGAUUGAGAUUGUGUCAAUGCCUGGUAUAUAGUAGUGGGAACAAAAUGUGUUUGCCGUUGGUAAAGCUGUUCCAUUCUCCAUUGAUAACCGUACUGUACUUGAGAUUGCUUGUUGGCUAAGUGUUGGUGGAAAUGAUAUUUCACCAGCAGGCAAUAUUGGCAUGUUUAGGUUUUGGUCUGAUGAUUCGCUACAUAUCUAUGGUCUGCGAAGAUUUUCUUUUGCUGUUCUUCCUAAUGCUCUCUCAUUCUCUCUGAGAUAUAUUGAGCAUUUGGGAGACAAGGGGAUAUUCAUCGUCUGUGGCUUGUUUGACUGAGCAGAGGUGUUAGAAGUAGAGAAAUGGAAGGGAUGGAGAAAUGGACCAAUCAACUCCAACAAUGGCUAUAUCAAGUGGAGCACUGGGUUCAUCAGACUCCAGCUUCACAGCUGUAUGUUGCUAUUGGUGUUCUAUUUCUAACAUCUGUUAUUCUCUUGUUAUUUGGCUUUUUCAGGAGAACAAAAUCUAAUACCAUUGUGCUUGCUGGUCUGAGUGGUAGUGGAAAAACAAUUCUCUUUUACCAGCUUCGAGAUGGCUCUUCCCAUCAGGGUACUGUUACAUCAAUGGAGCCAAACGAGAGCAGUUUCGUGCUACAUUCUGAGUCCUCUAAGAAGGGCAAAAUAAAUCCUGUCCAUGUGGUUGAUGUUCCUGGGCAUUCACGACUUCGACCAAAGCUUGAUGAAUACUUGCCUCAAACUGCUGCCCUUAUUUUUGUUGUCGAUGCCGUGGAGUUCUUACCGAAUUGCCGUGCAGCUGCAGAGUACCUUUAUGAUAUCUUGACCAAGGCAAGUGUUGUUAAGAGGAAAAUCCCAGUAGUAAUACUAUGCAACAAGACAGACAAAGUGACGGCACAUACCAAGGAAUUCAUCAGGAAACAACUUGAAAAGGAAAUAGACAAGCUACGGACAUCAAGGAAUGCUAUUUCAGAUGCUGACAUUGCUAAUGAAUUUACACUUGGUGUCACUGGAGAGGCCUUCACAUUCUCCCAUUGUCAUAACAAGGUGACCGUUGCAGAAGCUUCAGGGCUGACAGGUGAUAUAGUGCAAGUUGAGCAGUUCAUUCGGGAACAUGUCAAGCCUUAGAAGCUAAAUUUUAAGGCUUGUGAAAUUUACAUGCUCUCUAAAAAAGGCUCUGGGUCAGUCUCAUUACUGUAUGCGGUCAAUCCUGAUGAAAAAUACAUUUGAGCAUUUCACAGAACGUAGAACUGGAAACAAGGGGCCGUGGCUAACUGAUAUCCUUGCUGGCCUCUUGUGCCUUUACAUGGAAGCCUCUUGGUCAGGACUUGUUCAGUUACUGGUUCUAUUAGAAUUUCGGCAGUUAAGUGCAUAUUUUUACUGGUUUUUGAUUG